AGCAUUGUCGGCGCUGUCACCGUCAUAUAUGACGCGCGUUAAUUGCCACUUUGCCAGUCGUUUCACCGUAGUUUCCGUGUUGGUGUGUUGUGACAGUUCGCCCGGAACAGCGCGGUGUCGAGGUUCAAUCGUUAGAUGGGAUGCUUCUAUGAUUGUCGUGAGACUCGUUGCGGGAUUAUAGAAUGAUCGAACUUUGUGUAGACGCUCGUUGAGGGUUAACGUUGGCAUAGUGAUGCAGAACGCGCGUGUCAGCGAUGAGAAUAUGGAACAAAGUUGGCCGGAGAAAAGGACGAUCAGAUUCCGACAAUACGAUACUGACAAGUCCAAAACUCAUGUGUCAUGUCACGACAAGCGCGUGGAGAAUGUGGAUCUUACGCACUAUAGGCCGCAAUUAUCCGACAGCCAAGAUGCGCAAAAGAAGAAGCAACGAGUAUCGUUGAUGCAAUUUUUGAGAACAGAAUUAACGAGAGGUUAUCAGCUAGAGCAUGAUGAGGAAAGAUUUUCCGCAAGAAGGGAAAAAGUUUACUCGUUCAUGAAAAUUCCUAGAGAAGUGGAAAACUUUAUGGCGUAUGGAUUCCUUCAGUGUGCCGAUUCCUUUCUAUUUGUGUAUACAUUUUUACCACUAAGAUUUGCAAUGGCUUUGUGGGCAGUGAUUACAAGACCUUUACGACACUAUCUGAGGGGUAGAAAUGAAAAAGAUCAUGCAAAGAGUACGGAAAGAUAUUUAAGUCCAGCUGAAGUAUGUGAUUUAUUGAAAGGAAUUGUAGUGGUAGGUUGCUGGGCAGCAACCUGGAAGGUGGACACCUCCAUGAUGUAUCAUUUAGUUAAGAGUCAAUCAGUUAUAAAGUUAUAUAUAUUUUAUAAUAUGCUAGAAGUAGGAGAUCGUCUUUUCAGUGCUUUCGGCCAAGACACUAUUGAUGCACUGCUUUGGACCGCUACUGAGCCACAAUCACGUUCGAAUUCUACUCGUACGAAACAUUUCGGUACAUUACCGCAUCUCCUGUUUGCCAUCACUUAUGUGUUGUUACACAGCAUAUUAGUAUUAUUUCAAGCGACGACGUUAAAUGUGGCAAUUAACAGUAGUAAUAAAGCCCUUCUCACAAUUAUGAUGUCCAACAACUUUGUAGAAUUGAAGGGUUCUGUUUUCAAGAAGUUUGACAAGAACAACUUGUUCCAAUUAUCUUGCGCCGACGUCAGAGAAAGGUUCCAUCUGAUUAUGUUGCUUCUUGCAGUGAGUCUGCAAACGAUGAAAGAAUACGCAUGGCAUAGCGAUCGUCUCGCUGUCUUGUUACCCGAUUGCGUGACGUUAUUGUUAGCAGAAGUUCUCGUUGAUUGGGUGAAACAUGCGUUCAUCACACGUUUCAACGAGCUACCUUCGACCGUCUACAGGGAUUAUACCGUGAGUUUGGCUUAUGACAUGGCACAGACACGUCGAGAGACGGCAUUCUCGGAUCCCUCAGAUUUGGUUGCGCGGCGAAUGGGCUUUAUACCUCUUCCUCUUGGAGUCGCCAUGGCUCGCGUAUUAUGUACGACUCUGACGCCAUCCGCAAGACCCGCUAACAUCAUACUUCUAUUAUUAGCUUAUCUUAUAUUAGUAUCUUUUCGUAUAUUGAAUAGUUUAAUCAUUCUUGGAAAGGCGUGCGACAUAAUGUCAUCGCAACCUGAUAAAGACGACGUUCCCACGAAGUCUCCGUCGAAGAAUCGUGCCAAUAGUGUCGAUAUGAAAAAUCCAAAUCUUGGCACGGCUAUCUUUUCAAAUAGCGCCGUCAGCUUGAACAAUGUCUGUUUGAACGAGGCGUUUCUGGAGCCGGAAGAGACACAGAAAAGUGAAAAACUUCAGUGUAAUUUUGACGAACUCACGAACGUCACGAAAACUGUGUUAAGGACAGGAAGCGAACCCCUUCUUCCACAAUGACAAAUCUUAAUAGCGCAAUUAAAAUGUAAUGAUUUUUUUUUUUAUUUAUAAAUUGUACAUAUUUUGUUGUACAUAUAUACAU